AUGGCCCUGCACCAGCGAUCCCGAGGCGCUUGGCACCACUGGGCUCCCUCCAAGAAACGGCCCGUCCUGGCCAAGAUCUUCAAUCACAGCCCCGACAAUGCGGAUAAGGGGUUGCUUGCCCCCAACGUUGAAGGAGGGCGAGAAACUGCAGAGGGAGAGGCUUGGGUCACAUGUGUAUCCUGA